AUGUCGGACAAAACAUACGACAAAGUUAAACGCGAUUUUCUUCUAGAGUUAGAUUACAUAAGUCGUAUUGGCCAGAAGAUAUUCAUUUAUCCAUUUAUAGAUCGUUCCAGGAUUUCUUUGAUAUGUUUUCGAAUUAUUUGCUUCCUUACUUUUGUGACAGCAUUACAAUUGUGUACAACACUAUACGUAACGGCGUUAACUACAAGCAAUAGGUUUGAAUUGAUAAACAUAGCUCCGAAUCUGGGCGUAGUUUUGGUGACUUUUGUCAAAUUCUUCAAAAUACAUUUAAGCAGAACACAGUAUAAAGAAAUAUUUGAACACUAUGAAAACGAAUUUUGGACAGGAGUAACAGAGAGUUCUCUGAAAAUAAUUUCACAAUACACGCGAAUCACGAAAUGUGUAACAAGAUUUCUGUUUUAUUAUUGCAUACCUUUGAUUGUUGUUGUUAACUCUUUUCCUAGAUUAGUCAUGUUUUACGAAGUACAUAUUGCGAAGAAAGAGCUACAGUACUUAUUACCUUUCGACGGGUGGUACCCUUUUGAUAAAAUUAAGUGGUAUUACUUGAUUUAUCUGUGGGAAACUUGCAUGACCAUUCUUAUUAUUGUCAUUGCUGGUGUCACUAACUCUAUUCAUGUCGCUUAUACGUCUUUUGUAUGUUUGGAGCUAAAAGUUAUGGGGUACAACAUAGAGAAUCUUGUUUCAAGCGAAAAUGUCACUAAUAUUGUUAGAAGAAAUGAUGUUAUAAAAACUCAUGCAGGAAUAAAUAAAUUGCUUAGAAAAAUUAUAAAACGACAUCAAUUGCUUGCUGGGAUGUCAUGCCGUUUUAGUACUGUUCUGGGUGACAGUAUGCUUCUUACUUAUUUUUUUGGGUCUAUUUUCAUAGGUCUGACGUUAUUCACUGCAACAGUGGAAGAUAACAUGUACAGAUCUGUUAGAUAUUUCUUCAUGUGUUGCUCACUUGUCAUCGACUGUUUCUAUCAAUGCAUGAUCGGUCAAGUUAUAAGAGAUCAUAGUGAAAAUCUUGCACGUUCCAUUUAUUUUGCUGACUGGCCGUAUGCUGAUAGAAACACUAAGAUAAAUUUGAUUAUACUCAUGGUUCGAACGCAGAAACCUUUUCAAUACACAGCCAAAGGGUUUUUGAGCAUGAAUUUGGAUACAUUCAGUGCGAUUUGCAGUCAUUCCUUUCAACUGUUUAACCUCAUACGACAAGUGUAUGAGAAAAAUAAGUAA